AUGCGCACCCGGCGACUUGCCUCGCCACGGGAGCGGCGUCACACGGUUGUUGCGCGCUGCCGCUUCCGGCUGGUGCGGGCGUCGAGGUGGCCAGGGAACCGCUGCGGUGCUCCCCCAACCCUUCUCUCAUGCAGGCGGAAGCACGGGCCGUUUUUUCUUGCCUUGCUGGCAUUCGCCGAGGGUUUGCCCCAACGCAUUGGUGCCUGCACGGACACAGCCUCGUUGCGGGGUGGUGCCUUUGAAGAUGGGGCAGUGCGCCUUGGUGCGGCAACUGGAAGUUGUAUUUUGUGUCUUCUGGUGCCCAAGGCAUCGGCGCGCCUUGAGCACAAGUGCGGUCACGGGGCGUCUCCGCGGAUGGCGCGUCGCGUGGCCGUUACUUCAUUUCUGAAGGCUUGGCGGAAGGGGCUCAACUUGCGAGGGUGCGGCGGCCGCGGGGCCCUAACUUUUGCCACCUUGUGCGUUCACGACGUGGGCCCAGGUGUCGUGGGUUGGUGUGUGGAGCAAUUGGCUUGCUGGUGUGUGGGUGCGUGA